UAACCAAAAGGAUGCGUUUGAGUUCAUCUAUAACUUAAUAAAUUAGGUACUCGCACACAAGAUUAAUUUGAGUCCGUUAAAUGUUAUUAAUUUUACAUCUAUUGCAGGUAGAAAUUGAAAAGAUUCGACCAACUUUCAAGACUCCAUUCAUACUUAAUUAAAUCCUUCUCUAGAUCCCACAUAAUUCGUAUUUGUGCCAAAUGAAUCUGUAGUCAGUGGUGUGUUGUUCAGGUGAUUCAUUCAUUAGAAAAUAGAAAAUGUUUAAUCUGGGUGAUUAUUUUGGAAAAUAGUCACUUACAUCGCCAGAUAUAUUCAGUAUUUGUAAAUAUUCUUCAAGUUUUUAGACGAAGCCAUAAGUGAUCUAAGGUUUUAGUUAAGUUUAAACAUGAGAACUUACAAGUUUUUUUAAAAAUUAUUUUUUUGUGUUUUAAAUAAAAAAAAAAGAAAAGUGAUAAUUUGCAUGCAAAUAAUUCGACAUUGAAUUUCCUUAAGUUACCUUGUUUUCGUCUGUGUGUAUUCCUUUUGAGCAAUAAUCAUUAAAACAAAAUGUCUGGCCCACCACCUCCCCCACCCCCAAUGAUGGGUCCUCCUCCCCCACCUAUGGCUAAUUUUAAUAAUGUCAAAAAACUAGGAGGGAGUUCUGGAGGAGCUGAUAUGAGAGGUGCCCUAUUGAGCCAAAUUCAAAAAGGAGCACAAUUAAAGAAAGUAACUACAGUAGACAAAAGUAAACCGAAAGCUGGUCGUAUUGCUGGUCCAAAUACAUCACCCGUAGUAAAAGGACCAUCGCAAAGCUCUCCAACGAGAUCGCAAGGAUCAGCAAAAACAUCGCCAGACUCAUCGACGUCUUCGCCAAUUAGACAGGGUGGAUUUUCGAAUUUAACGGAUGAACUUCAAUAUAAAUUAACAUUAAAGAAGAAUAAAAAUUCACCACUUAAGGAAUCGAAAGGCAUUGUUGAGACAAAAGAGAGUUCACCGCCUUCAACAACAUCUUCGUCGAAAUCGUUUGUUGAUGAAAUUAAAUCAAAGCAGAGGUAAGUUAUUGUGCCUUACAUUGUGUACUUAUUUUGUCUAAUUCGUGCAUUUAUGCAUCAUCGUAACUCAUUCUCCCUUUAUUUUAUAUUUAUUUUUUUGUGUUUAAAUUUUUUAUAUCUUUUGAUGACUCUACAAUCAUGUCUCUGUAGUGUAAUUAGUCCGCAACAUCAGUCUUCUACUACUACUUCUCCUCCGCACACUGUAAGCGAUGCAAUCCCCAAUAAAUCAUCAUUAUUUAAUCAUAGUUUCAACAGUAAUAAUAAUAAUGUUAAUAAUAUCAAUAGUAGAAAUAGUUUUGAAAGUAAAAGUCAAUCCAGUGCUCCAAAAAUUAAUCAUGGAAAGCCCAACUUAGCUCCCAAACCACCACCUCAGCUGAGUUUGCCCAUGAAUAAUAAUAAUAAUAAUAAUGGUAAUAUCAGUAAUAAUAGCUUAAAUGAUGGUAGCCGGAAAAGUGUUGCUCGUCAUCAAUCUAUGAAAUCACCAAGAUCACCGCCAAUCACUUUAGCAUCAACAACUGGACCAUUCAAUUCAGAUAAUCAUUUUGGGACAAUUCGGAAUCCGAGCAGUCACAAUAAGACUCAAGAAGCUUUAAAUUUGCAGAUUACGCAAAAGUCAGUUGCUCAAAGGCCAACAAUUAAGCCACCCCCUCCACCAGUACCUAAUCGUAAUAUUGGAACAAACUUAUCGACACAGUCGCAUGCGAAAUCGACCACAGCACUGAAUAAUACACAGAGUGAUACGAAUUUGAGUGCACCGCCAACGAGACGAAUGCCAAAUUCUGGAUCAUCAAGUAAUAUAAGUAAUUUGGAGAGAAAUGUAGACGUGAUUGAUUCUACUGCAGCUCCACCUUUACCGCCACAUCGUAUUAGUUCUGCUCAAAAAGCGCUUCAAAGGAGUCAACAACAGCUUCAGCUUCAACAGCAACAACAAGUUUUAAAUAGUCAAGUUCCCCCAGAAGUGCCAAGAAGACACUCGUCGAUGAGAACUAGUAUAGAUAAUGGUGCAAAUAAUAAUAGAUUUCCAAGUCCUAAUCCCAAUCAGAAGCCAGUAACAAGACUUGUUGUGGAUCUAGAAGCAAGGUACUCGCUACUAUUUCAUUCAGUAUCAGAGUUUCCUGCUCCAAAACAAUUCCUCAACGUGAACAAAUCAUAUCCAUCAAAAGCUGUGGGACCAGCAAACGGAAUGUGAACUUAAAAAAACAGUGAAAAUUAAUUUUGUGGCAUUUUGUUGUUUUUGGAAUAGUGGCAAUAUUACUUUUUUUUUCUUCGAUUCUUAAUCAUAGAUUAAUAUCCAUUUAAGAAAAAGCAAAUCAAUAGAAACAAAGCAGGAAGGAUUAUGAUAAAAAAAUACAGUAUAGCUAAUAUACAUUCAAGAUUCAUAGACAAAACACACACACACACACACACACACACACACACAUAUUAUUAUUCACAUAAUAUUUACAUUAAUUACCAAAGCCUAUCAUUUUCAAUGUAUUAAUUCUUCUAAUUUUAUCUUUUUUUUUUAUUUUUUAUCAUCAUUAAGGUCCUACCAAACUUGAUGUUUACUGUAAAAUUGCUGCCUUUGAUUUGAGUUGCAGCUCAAUAAUUUUUCAAUUAAAAUAUUGUGUGAUGCAUUCAAGCACGUAGCGACACAUAAAACAACUUUUCAAGUGUUAAAUGCAAUCGACAUGCAUUUCGCGACACACUAGUGUGUCGUUAAGCAUAGUUUAAGUAGCACUUAACGAAUGUCUAGCGAGAUCGCUUACUUAUAUGUUGACAACUUAGAUCAAAGUUAACAAUUUUACAAGUGAAACUUAGUAUGGUGGGACCUUGAUUAUUAUUUUCUAUUUAACUUUAUUAACGAAGAAAAAAACAUAAUAAUUUUUAUGAGAAACCGAGAGUAGAAAAUUUGUUGAGUAUUGUGGAUGAGAAAGUUCUCACUCUAAGACAUUAUUUUUAUUGAAACAGACAAGAAAUAAAAGUUUAACAGUAUAUAUUGUGAGAGAAGGAAGAAAUCUAUCUAAUAAAAGUUUCUAAUUUACAAAAAAAAAGCUUUUUUCGUCUUUUCUCAUACUAAACAGUUUGUAGGUAUCAAGUUUCUUUAAAAAUUAAUUAUGUUUUUGUAUAGAAUAUGCGCACAUAUCAUGUAUGAUAAACAAAUAAUCUGCUGAACAUUGACUCAUGUGACACACAUGAUUAAAAUACGUCAAUAACAUGCAUCAUGUUUACAUGAUUCUCGCAUGAUUCAAGAUAAAAACAAUUGUGACAUGUAAUGAACAGGUACCGUACCUAAUACAAAUUUUUCAAAUUUAUUAAAUAAAUUAAUAUUUACCAUUAAUUUCUCUUGUAAAUCUUCAUUUUUUUGUCUAUAAAGCUUUGGUUGCAUUAAUUUAAUUGUAAUGUAAUUAAAUUGAAAACUAAUUUGGAUUCGUUUGCUGGGUCUUUAAUCGUUUCUUCUGCUGGAGAUCAUUUAAAGUUUCCUCGACAGUUCUCUUGUCCUUCUUUAAAUCGCUUGAUACCAUUCCAAAAUUUCGAUUUGGAUUUGAACUUAUUGCUUCACAUUCUAAAUGAAUUAACUUUGUCUUUUUGUUAUUUCCUUUCGAUGUCUCUUGUACUUCUUGUGAUGAUGUUGAGCAUUCGGUGGCUAAAAGAACUUGUUCUUCCUUCUUUUUCUUAAACUCAGCUUCAAUCUCUUUGUUCCAUUGAUUAUAAUCGAAAUAUCUUCUUGCUUCUAAUUCCAAAUCAUUAGGUGGGUUUUUGUAAACAAUGACAUACCGCUCUUCUCGACCAAAUGUAUGACAUAUAAGGCCAUUCGCUGCUUCCUCACAUGCCUCCAAUAUUACAGAUCUGAAAAUUUUGUCCAUAUUUGGGAACUGCAUGGUUGAUACUUUGUCAUUCUUUAAAAAGUCUGCAACUUUAUUCUGGAUCUUUAAUUUGUAAUUAUUAAUCAUCAUUCGUUCCUUUUCAGCUGUUUUACGAAUCUCUUCAUUGUGUUCUAGAAUAUUGAAAAUUUAAUAAAUAAUUGGUAAUAAAAUGCAGAAUUAGAACAUUUCUAGAUUAAAUACAUACUUUGAAUCAUCUUAUCUGGCUUGCUGAGUCCAGGACGUUUGUUUUUAUCCAUAGAUGAUAAUAUAUCACCUAAUAAAUCCAUUUUAAUUGCUAAAAUUAACUUAUUAUUUAAAAUAUGAAAAUUUUAUAAACACUUUUGGGUGACUAGCUUUUCAAAAACCCUAGAUGUAAUAAAUAAUCGUAAAUUUAACUCAGAAAGCUUGUUUUUGGUGUUCAAAUUACUAGAUAUUAAGUUACUUGAGCUAUUAUUAAUAAAAAUUAAGAGGUUUGAGUUCUCAAUUUAUGAUUAUCAAGAAAUUCUCAAAAAACCGUUACAGAAAUUUUCAAAUUUUUAAAAGUUUCGUACCCAUAUUUUUUUCACAGACAUCCUGAAAAAGGUUUCGAAAUAAAAACAUUUGAAACUUG